UCCAAGAUGGAGUCUAAAGUAGAAGUUUUAGAGGCAAUGUUCCAAAAAGCAGAAUCUGAUCUGAAUUUUCUGUCAAGAAAACUGGAUUUUGAAUUUGACCAGAAUAAUGAAGAAAAUAAGACAAAUCCAUCGCAAAUGCUUCAGAAAAUUGCUGACAUAAAGAAAGAAUUUUCAUCCAUUGUCCAGGAAGCUGCAGCCAUUCAAGAGGCACAGAAAGAAGCGAUGGCCCAGUUUCAGUCACAACUUCUUGGUGCUUGUCAGCUUUUGCAAAAAAUACAGGAACAAGGGAGUUUAGAGUCAGAGGAAAAGCCAGAAGAGUUGGUGAAAUUAGAAGAGUUACUGGGUGUCAACCUUCCUCAUUAUCAGUCUGACACUACAGCAUCCAAUUCACAGCAGGAAGUCGACCAAUCACAACCAGCCAAUAGCAACCUGACCUUUACCCUCAAUGCAAAAAGUACAGAAGAAACAGAGAGUCAGACAAAGGAAACAUUAUCUCCCGCAGAAAGGCGGUCACAGUCCAGUGAAUUUAUAGAAUUGUCAGAGGAAGAAUUUGACUCUGUUCCAUCACUUGUAAAAGGGAGGGUCAAACUCUCAGAUGUCAAUAUGACCUACAGAGUUUUGUGGAGACAUUUUAAAGAAGAAGAAAACAGCAAUCCUUUGGGACCUUCUGAAAUGUACAAAAUAGGGUUAAAGGUAUCUGGUGCCACAGGAGAAGCAAAACUUAAGGUUCUGCGAGCUCUAAAGCUAUGUACAAUCUCCAACAAAAUGGAAGUCAAGUUGGUUUGACAAAUCAUUCAUUGGAUCAAAGAAGGGCCAAUGUAUUUGGAAACAGUAAUUCCAAGUCACCAUGAUGGGAUGAAAAUCUACCAUUAUAGUUAACUGUGAGAAACACUUAAGUAGUGCAGAAGAAAUGGUAUAUCUGACUUCUGAAAUUGGAUUGGAAAUUUUCAGGAGACACUUAGUCUUGAGUAUACUUCGAAACACAUUAUUAUCAUGGUAUUCAUGGAAACAUAUAUUGGAAAUUAACUGUUAUGUUUGCUCUCCUGAGCAAAAAGCUGAAGUGGGCUUCUCUGAUCCAAGAUUUGUCUGGCAUAUGUACAUGUGUGUACAGGUCACUAUUGUUAGCUCAAACUCUGAUCUCUAAAAGUUCUUGAUUUCUCAAAGUGAGCUCCCAGUCCCGAUUUUUCCCCUUGAUAAAUCAGACAAAUUUUCUAUCUCUGGAACCUUGUUCUCUCAAUUUUGUAAAGUAUUUUCCAAGUUUCAAUUUCUUAUAUAUUUUACUCUUAAUCACUCAAAGUGUACUGGUAAUGCAGAGUUAUUUACUAUCAUGGAAAUUCUGUAUUUAUCCAUUUUUUGGGGUUAAAUUAAACCAAUAUAUUGUUAGUCAUAAAUUACAGACAAAAAGAUCAAAUUACAGAGAAAAACCAUUUAAAUUACUGAAAACUGCAGAAUGGGGUAAACAACUCUGGUAAUGGUGACAUCACAUGCAUCACUGUGUAAAUACUGGGGUGUUUAAUGGUUGUAAUGACUUUUUUUCCCAUAAAUUGAAUGUAUACAUAAGUUUACUUUUAUAUACAGGUGUAGAUAAAUAAAUUAUUGAAUAGAUUAGAAGCUUACUUGGUCCAAUAUCAUUUCAGAAGAAAGUUAUUUUAACUACAAUCUUGACAUGUGCUGUACCAAAUUGACUACCUAUGGCUGUGUUCAUUUUUGUUAAUGGGACAAAGUGAAACCAUAAAAAAUGUACAAUGUAAGUGUUUUAUUAACCCAACUGAAAGCUUUACAAAUGUGAUAUGUUUAUUUUAGGGAUGUCAACAAGUAUUCAAAAACUAGAACAUGUACUUGACUAUUACUCAGUAAUACAGACUAUAUGGGCUAAUUUUUUAUUUAUUUAUUUAUUUUUAUUUUUUUUGCUUGAUUAGUGAUUAAAAACAUGUAAUUGAAAAUUCUCUGAUGAGGAUCCAAUCAUACUUUUUUUUUUUUUUAAACUGGAAUGAUUACAUAUUUAAGCAUACUUGUAACUGGGGAGAUAGACGUAUAUGUACUUUGAUAUUUUGUUUGAUGUCAAUUUAGAUCUAAUAAGACCAUGGAACAUUAACUGGCAAAAUUGGAGCUUACGUCAUUUCCAUUUGUAACAGUCAUAGACAAUGAAAUGGGCGGGUACAAUUUCACACGGAUGUCCGUGAAAACAUUGGAUUGAAAUUCUAGUUUGAAAUUCAUUUUCAAUCCACCUGAGCUAUUUUCAAACGCAAAGUGUGAAUGUAUGAUCCAAAAGACAAAUAAUUUCAAUUCCCAAUAACAUGUUGCUUGAAAUUCAUAUUUGUAUGAGUUUUUUAGACUAUAAUUUUAAGGACACAUAAAAGUAAUAGAAGACAGAUUAUUUUUUCAGGGGA